UUACAACCGGAAAAUUAUGGCGAUUUGUCCGUUGGACUGGAUCAUUGGAAGAACCGACGGUUCAUAUUUCUAAAGAAUACACUUGCAAUUUUGAGGGUAAUAUGGAACCCGAAAAACAAGUGUUGACAUAUAUUGCCCAGAUAUUACAAGCCCAAGCUAAGGCAUUUGAUGGUAAUUAUAAAGACAGUGGCCAUCCUUCAAAACGUCAAUGUACUGAUCAAGAAAGUGAUAGAUGA